GUUUGAGCCCCUACCUAGCCAUGGGGAUCCCCUGCUGCACACAGGGCUUCAAGCUUGCUGCAUUCAAACCUACCUGCUCAAUCAAACAUCUCUCCAAAACUGGCGUUGCAGAGGUCGGAUUGCAGAGGAACAUUGAUUGCGCAGCGCGUUCUGACUCUGUGCUGAAGACUUUGCUGAUCUCCUACCCAGAACUGGUGCGUACCAACGUCGUUGCUGUCCAAGAACCGAUUAGCGUGAACAUUGCUUGUACGAUGGCUUCUGCGACGGCCAUUCUUUCAAAUAGCAGCUGCCUACUCAGUGGAUUAACGCGGCGAACAGAAAAGAGGGCGCAAGGCUUCCUCAAUGCAGCAGCCCCCGUGGUUGGAUUGGGCCAGCAAUGUUACAGACGCAAGCAGCUGCUGCAUUCUUUCAACCCACUUUCUAAACCACCAACAGCCCCUGCCCGUCACGGCCCAUGUGUCCGUGCCCAGAGCACAGCGGGGGUGGCCACAAAGAAGGCUGUGAGCACAAAGCUCGAGGAAAAGCCGUCCACCCUUCCUGAGGAGCAAUUGAUCGAGCUAGCCAAGAAAGUGCUCAACGCAAAUAACGGCUUGGACGACCCUUCCCUUUUGGCCGACGGCUUUUACUUUGCGGCGCCCAUCAUCUACCUACAGAAGAAUGAGUUUCUUCAAGCACUGGGCCGGUUCAGUGUCAAGGACGCCUUCCCUGAUUUGGAGCCGAACGCAUUUGGCUUCUCGGUCGAUCCAUACGAGCCCAAUCGAGUGUGGUUCUUUACGCGCUCGCGCGCAACACACACGGGGGUCCUGAAUUUCGGCUCCCCUACCCCGCCAACUUUCACGCGCGUCGAAUCCCCGCCAGAAGUCUCAUCGAUCACCUUCAACAAUGAAGGCAAGGCCACCAGACUAACCGCGGGUUACGUUGUUGAUAGACGAACGGGUAAUACCGGGGGUCUCGGCGCGUUGUUCGGCAUCCUAUACGCUAUUGGGGCCGCGCCACCGGUUCCUGAGUUCCAGCCUUACGAAAAGAGCUGGCAAUUUGCGUUGUUCUCCAAUAUCCAGGGGCUUAUGUCUAGAUUCAAGAGAUGAGCACGGCGGAUCGGUCCGGGCAGGAUCGCUACUUUUGAACUACAGCCACGAGUAUCUAGGCAACUUACGUGAAUCAUAAGGCUAGCGAGAGCUCCUACGAAAGAUGUAGGGACUUGAUGCGGCUUUGACGUCGGUGCUCUGUGCUGUAACUAGAAUACCGGGAAACUCUACGAACCAUGACACUUCGGUUUCUUCAAAACAUAGAACAGCAUAUGCAUAUUAACGUGGACAGCUACUGUAGAGAGCCGCUUUUCCAGCGCGGACGGUUCCUUUUCGCCUCGCGAAUCUGCGGCGACCUUUAUUGCGGUACGUUGCCAAUGACGUGCUUACAGUACAAGCCCAAUUAAGAGAUUCGAAGAAUCGGCCUAUGUACGUGUUACAAUCGCACCUUUUCCAUGUAUCUAGCGGAUAG